AUGAGCAUUAAAGUAGGAGAAAAAGUACCAUAUGACAUUACCCUUUGGAAGGCUGUUCAACCACUCCCAGAAGAUGGAGCUUGUCCCAUCCCAACCAAGGUUCAAUCAAACACUCUUUUUGAAGGAAAGAAGGUUGUCCUCGUUGCUGUACCAGGUGCAUUCACACCAACCUGUUCAGUUAAACAUAUCCCAGGCUUUGUUGAAAAGAUUGAUGAGAUCAAGGCAAAGGGUAUUGAUGCUGUCUAUUGUAUUGCAGUCAAUGAUGGCUUUGUUAUGAGCUAUUGGGCUGCUGAUCAAAAGGCCGGUGAUAAGGUACAAUUCUUUGGCGAUGGCAAUGGUGAUUUCACCAAGAAGAUUGGUUUGACCAAGGAUUGUACCGCAUUUGGUUUGGGUAUCAGAUCUGAACGUUAUGCUAUCGUCAUUCAUGAUGGUAUCGUCAAAUCAAUUGCUGUUGACGCUGGUGCUUUUGGAGAAACAUCUGUCGAAGCUGUUCUUGCUAAAUUAUAA